GUAACACACCACAACUCGCAGAGGAAGAAGAGCGCCAUUUGCUAGCAUGUAGCUGUUUAAUGUAUAACUGUUUCUCUGCUAGCUUAAAUGUUAAGCUUGAUUAAAACUAAUGGCUGCCCAGUGUCCAACUGAGUCAUUUAUCACAGGAGAGUCAAGUCCCGCGGUUAAUAACAACGUUAAACAUUUAAUAAUAGCACCGAGUGCUCAAGCUAAAGGGAAGAAGCGAGCAGUUAGCCCCGCGGCUCAGCCUCUAACACAGCCGAGCAGCAACAACAACAAACGGAGGAAAGUGCAGUCGGUAUCAGGAGCCAGUCUCACUCAGGUUCUCCCAGUGGAAUUGGCAGAUGGAAAGUUGGGUCUCUCAGUGGAUGUAGGUGCAGAGCCAGUUACAAAGCCUCUGUCUUUUAAAGACCCCAACUUUGUGCACUCCGGUAUUGGAGGAGCGGCCGCUGGGAAAAAGAAUCGGACGUGGAAGAACCUGAAGCAGAUUCUGGCAGCAGAGAGAGCACUGCCCUGGAAAAUCAGUGAUCCUAACUAUUAUAACAUAGAUGCUCCUCCUUCCCUGAAGCCUCCUAAAAAGUAUUCUGACAUUUCAGGCUUACCGGCAAACUACACAGACCCUCAGACCAAGCUGCGAUUUACCUCAACCGAAGAGUUUUCAUACAUCCGUCUACUACCUACAGACGUCGUGGCAGGAUACCUGACGCUACGGAAGGCCACCUGUAUCGUUCCCUGAUCAUCAAACGUCCAAUUUUUAAUUUUGUGAAUAUAUAUAUAUAGACAACAUUGGACUUGUUUCAAAAGCUGUCUUAAGGAAGUUACUCCAGGACCUGAGUGUGACACAGCAUCACAGAGACUUCUAUUGAUUCUUCUUUUAAUAGUAAAGUUGUAAUAUAUGUACAUCACUAUGAGUUACUAUCUUAUUGAACUGUAUUUUUAAGAUUUAUAAAAACGUGUUGGCUAAUUCGAUGUUAAUUGUGUGAAUCCGAAGCUGUGUUGGAUGUUGUGAUUUGCUUUUGAAUGCUGUAAUAUACACUUAAAGGAAAACAAUUAAAGGAACACUUUUUUAAUCA